AUGGGGAAACACAACGUGGUGAUCACUCGGCUGCCAAAAGGGGAGUAUGGGAUAGCGUCUGCAGCCAGUGUCGCGCGGGAUAUGGUACGCAGCUUUCCCAAUAUCAGGAUUGGCCUUAUGGUUGGCAUCGGUGGUGGUGCACCCAGUAAACGCCACGAUAUCCGACUCGGUGAUAUUGUGGUUAGUGCACCCCACAAUGGAAAGGGAGGUUUAUUUCAGUAUGACUUUGGGAAAACUAUACAAGACCAGGAAUUUCGGUCUACAGGAUUCUUAGAUCAACCCCCUGGUGUACUCCGAGCCGCAAUUGGUGACAUUGAAGCUGAAUAUGAGAUGGACGGCCAUCGCCUUGAGGAAGCAAUCGAUAGUGUGCUUGAAAAGCGACCAAAGCUGCGAAAAAACUACAAGCGACCAGAGCUAAAUAGCGACCGACUAUACCAAUCACACAUUAUUCAUCCUUGCAAUGAUGGAAGUUGUGACGCAGUGUGUGGAGAUGACGAAUCGAAGUUGAUUAUGCGGCUUGACCGAAGCGAUGAAGAUGAUAACCCAGCUAUUCAUUAUGGCUUGAUUGCAUCUGCAAACCAGAUGAUGAAGGAUGCCUUAAUUCGAGACAAACUUUCCGCUGAGAAGGAUGUCCUCUGCUUUGAAAUGGAAGCUGCAGGACUGAUGAACCACUUCCCUUGCCUCGUCAUACGGGGUAUCUGUGACUAUUCAGACUCACACAAGAACAAAAAAUGGCAAGGAUAUGCUGCAAUGGCUGCGGCUUCCUAUGCUAAAGACCUACUCUCUCGCAUUCUGCCGAUUAAAGUUGAAGUGGAGAAGAGAAUCGAUGAUAUACUUUCUUCGGUUAUAGAGAACAUAAAUGAAGUACAAAAUACUGCUCAGAAGACAAAUGCUGUAAUCAAGCUCCUGGAUAGUGAUCGACGGCGCGAGAAAGUAAUUGCGAAGCUGCCAUAUGCAAAAGGCUCCACAUUCGACUCUUUUGAUGGGGCCCUUGAUCCAAGAUGCCAUCCAGGAACAAGAGUUGACCUGCAUCGUCAAAUUAAAGAAUGGGCAGAAAAUGGACAAGGAAAGUCGAUGUUCUGGCUGAAGGGGAUGGCCGGUACAGGAAAAUCAACGAUUUCUCGAACAGUAGCCGAGUCAUUUAACGAGGAAGGAAAAUUAGGAGCCAGUUUCUUCUUCAAACGAGGUGAGGCCGAUCGGGGUAGUGUGGCUAUGCUUUUUACCACGAUUUGCGUACAACUCUUAGCCAAGAUUCCGUCGCUGAUCACCCACGUCGAAAUGGCGACUGAUGCCGAUCCCAAUAUAUCUGACAAAUCGAUAGGAGAGCAGUUUGAGAAGCUGAUCUGUCUACCUCUGUCACAGAUACGGCAUCAUCUCCCCCAAGCUCCGAAACUCAUUAUAGUAAUUGAUGCCUUAGAUGAAUGUACACAGAAGGGAGACACUCUCCUUCGCCUUUUAUCACAAACGAGGAAUAAAUGGUCACCAAGCUUGCAGAUAUUUAUCACGAGCAGACCGGAGCAGCAAAUUCGAUCUGGAUUUGCAGAAGUACCGGAAGAGGUACGCGAGAACAUAGAGCUUCAUGAAAUACCGCAUCAUAUCAUCAGGCAAGACAUUACCACUUUCUUAGAAUACAGGUUUGCACAAAUCCAGGAGAAAUAUACGAAAGAUGGCCGGUCACUUCCAUUUGAUUGGCCUGGCCUCGAGGCAAUAUCAGCCUUGGUUGAAAUGGCUGUUCCACUUUUUAUUUUUGCUGCUACCCUUUGCCGAUUUGUCGAAGAUGAAGUGUAUUCAAACCCAUCAGACCAGCUGAAAAAAGUUCUUAAGUAUCGAAAUAUGAAAAGUGACUUUGAAAUGGAUAAGCUGGAUGCCACUUACUCUCCAAUUCUGAAGCAGCUGAUUCAUGGACGCCCAGAAAAGGCGCAGAAAUCACUGGUGGAGAGAUUCCGAAUCAUUGUAGGCACAAUUGUUCACUUAGCUGAGCCACUUUCACGGUCAUCUCUAGCCUCUUUGCUUGAUAUCGACAGCCAACAGGUUGAAGGGCAGCUCUCAUCCCUGCAUUCUGUCCUUAGUGUGCCAUCCUCUGCAGAAUCGCCGAUUAGGAUGCUGCACCUCUCAUUUCGUGAUUUCCUUGUUGAUCCCGAAACACGCAAGACGAAUCCAUUCUGGAUAAAUGAAAGAGAGAAGCAUAGUGAGGUUCUGGCGAAAUGUCUUGAUCGGAUGUCUCGACCGGGGUGCCUGCAAGAAAAUAUGUGCAAUCUGCCAGACCACGGAACACUACGAGCUGAGAUCGAUAGCAGAAUUAUAACCGACUACUUACCACCAGACGUGCAAUAUGCUUGCCGCUUUUGGGUGUACCAUUUAAAAGAAAGUCUAAAAGAAACUCAGACGUGCAUCAAUGACAAUGAUCCAGUCCAUAUGUUUCUACUUAACCACUUUUUACAUUGGCUAGAAUCAUUGAGCCUUUUAGGACGAAUUGCGGAAAGUAUUACCAUAAUUCGUACAUUACAAACCCUUGUUAAUGAUAGAAAUACAGAAAUAUCCAAAUUACUUGAUGAUGCAAUACGAUUUAUCCGAAAAAAUAGCUCAAUAAUUGACCGUGCACCUCUUCAGGUGCAUUCAUCUGCGCUUAUUUUCAGCCCUAAGAGAAGCAUAAUUAGGAAUAUAUAUAUUGAUAAAAUUCCUAGUUUUAUUCAAAGAUUGCCGGAAGUUGAAUCAGAUUGGAGUGCAAUGCUGCAGACCCUUGAAGGCCAUUCUAAGUCAGUUCGGGCAGUGAUGUUCUCUCCCGAUGGCAAACUACUGGCCUCAUGCUCUGAUGAUCGGACAGUCAAGCUGUGGGAUCCAGCUACUGGCGCCCUACUACAGACCCUUGAAGGUCAUUCAAAUUCAGUUCAGGUAGUGGCGUUCUCUCCCGAUGGCAAACUACUGGCCUCAUGCUCUGAUGAUCGGACAGUCAAGCUGUGGGAUCCAGCUACCGACAUCAUUCUGCAGACCCUUGAAGGCCAUUCUGGUUCAGUUAGGAAAAUGGUGUUUUCUCCUGAUGGCAAACUGCUGGCCUCAUGCUCUGAUCGGACAGUCAAGCUGUGGGAUCCAGCUACUGGCACCAUUCUGCAGACCCUUGAAGGCCAUUCUAGUUUAGUUUGGACAGUGGCAUUCUCUCCCGAUGGCAAACUACUGGCCUCAGGCUCUGGUGAUCGGACAGUCAAGCUGUGGGAUCCAGCUACUGGCACCCUACUACAGACCCUUGAAGGCUGUUCUGAUUCAGUUCUGUUUGUGUGGUUCUCUCCUGAUGGCAAAUUUCUGGAGACUGAACAAGGACGAUUCAAUAUUGAAUCUCUUUGUGUUCGCAGUAUCUCUCCAACAGCAAGUGAUCUCUACAACAAUGUAGCGAAUGUUCACAGUCUCUCUCCAACAGCAAGUAGUCUUCAUAACAAUAUAUUAGCGAAGCAGGAGUGGGUGACUCGAGAUGAUACUAAUGUUAUUUGGUUGCCUGUGGAGUAUCGAGUAACUUGCCCCGCCACCCAUGAGAGCAUGCUUGCUAUGGGUCAUACUUCGGGUCGAGUUACAUUUCUGAAGUUAAUCUAA